AUGUCGUCCGCCGCGCCUGCGCGCCCUCCCAGGCCUCUGUAUUCUCUUGACCACAAACAUAGCCGCGAUCGACUCGACCCGGACCCGGACGUCGAAAAACGCUUUCAAGAAAGCAUAGGAUACACACUGGCCACCGAAGGAGGAGACGAAUCAACCAUGGGUGCCGCGGGGACUCUCCAGAUAUGGCCAAAGUUGCAUAUGGAGCCAUACCAGAACAUGCCCGACCUGGAUAAGGCCAGAUUCAAUCGCCUGCCCAGCAUCCACACCGACCCUUUCCUCACACAGCCCGCCAGACCCCGACCAACCUUGCACGCUGCUGUCAGUCAGCCGGAUCUGUACUCGUCGUCGCGCAAGCAUGCUAUCAUGACCGAUGCCGCCAGACCUCCACCCGUGCCGCAACAACUUCAGCGCAGCCACAGAGUCGAUUUUUCGAGGCUNUUUUCAAGACACAAAUCAAAGAAUAAAGACAAGGAAAAGGAAAAGGAAAAGGAAAAAUCAGUGAGGCCUCCAACUGCUCACGUACCCGUCCCGCCGUCCUUGCCUCUACCACCACCGCCGCCAGUACCUGUAGCUACUCGCUCCCGUCAAGGUAGCGAUAUCUCAUCCGUUCGACCCUCAUCCUCGGGAACUGCCAGCCACCGUAUCCAGGCCACUGCUUUUGACCGUAACGCUACCGAAAAUGCAAAGAUCAAUGUGCGCAGGCCGCCCAAGGGUAUCAAGCAUUGGUUCGAAGGUCUGGACCCAUCCGACGAUGACUUGCCCGAAGUCGUCACUCCUGCCGAAACCAUUCAUCAGUCUACUUUCAACCCAGCUCUUGGUCCAGGAAGAUCCAGGGUCGCACCUACUUCUCGUGUCACGCCUACGUGUGAAGGGUCGUCGUCAGAUUAUUUCCACUACCAGGGCUCUACACACCAAGCACACUCGCAGAAUCAAAAUCUUCAAGAACGCAGUAUGCUGAACCUUUCAUCCGACGAAGAGGACGAGCAUUCAGAGCCUGCGUCACCACCUAGAUGGGCUGACCAUUCGACCACUGUAAGCGGACCCACAUCUGACUCGGUAAGCUGGAACAAGACGGCUGCUACGAGACAGUCAACCUUUAGUAUGCAAACAACAAUGACGUCCGGCUCGAUUCCUAUCAUACACGCCGACAACCUGGAAAUGGCUUACCGAACUCCUCUACCUCCUCUUCCUGCCCAAUAUCAACAGUACACAGAUGUCAACCCUGUUCCUGCUCCUUUACGGAAACAAAAGUCUUAUCACUUCUCAUCUCCUGGACGCACGAGAGCAACAAGCAUCACAUCGACUGGCAUGCAAAGUGCUACUAGCGCCUCUAGCGCUGGACAGUCUCACGUCAUGACUGUUACCCAGGAGGAGAUGGCUCUGCUCGAGAUGAUGCGUCGCAAGAGAGCCGAGAUGCAGGCUCAGCCCAACCAUCCUGCUCGAAGACAUGAAUCAUCUAGCCAACCCUCUCAGUACGACCGCAAGAACUCUGCCAUUCGCAGUACCGCCUCAUCGACCUUUUCGAGAGGCAGUGCUAUGAGCAUAGGUCUCAUGCUUGACGCUCCUGAAGGCGCUGCCUUUCCCGCUCCUCCAAGCAACAGGAUUAUUCACGAAACUCAAGACAUGAACUAUUUCGGACUUGAUGAGAAACGCACCAACAGGUCAUCGGAUAUGUCCACUCCUCACUCGUAUAUGCUGGCCGAAUUGGAAGCGCCCACCGAGCAGUUGCAAGCCCUUUGCUUCCAAAAACCAACAAAGUCUGCAAGCUCGAGUCAAAACAAGCUCGUCCCGUUUGAGAACACCGCCGACCCAUACCGUCUCGCACCAGACCUUGAGCUCUCUUCUCUCGAUCUCUUGCCUCUUCCUGCACGCACCUACUCUCCUUCUCUCACUGGUACUUGCAGUUCAGCUAUGACUCCUGAAUUCAGUACUCACGGCACGACCAAUUUCAACGUCGCUGGCAGUGAUAGCGAGACCAGCAGCGAAGCAGACAGAUACCGCAACAGCGUCAAGACCAUGGACAGUGUAGACAUGGAUGUCCUUACUGCCUGGAAUCAUUUGGGUGGCCAGUAA